GGCGGCAAACUGAAUCCUUAGCUAUUUAGCUUCCACACUCAUCUCUUUCCUAUUUCAUUUUGUUGAACCAGAGGUAGCAUCUGCGAGCAAUGGCGUCCUGGAAUUCUACUGGAAUUGAUGAAGAUCAGCAGGUUUUAGUGGAAGAGAAGCGGUUUGCGAGGAUAUUGACUUUAAACAGACCUAAGCAGUUAAAUGCUAUCUCAUUCACAAUGGUUUCUCGGCUAUUGGAACUCUUUUCUUCCUAUGAGACAGAUCCCUGUGUGAAACUUGUGGUUGUCAAGGGUAAAGGAAGAGCAUUUUGUGCUGGGGGUGAUGUAUCGGCUGUGGCUCAUGCCAUUAAAGAGAGUGAAUGGAGGAAAGGUGCUCACUUCUUCCGGAAACAAUACACCUUAAAUUAUUUGUUGGCAACUUCCAGUAAGCCACAGGUUUCUCUUCUGAAUGGUAUUGUCAUGGGAGGAGGAGCUGGUGUUUCAAUACAUGGUAGAUUCCGUGUUGCAACAGAGAAAUCGAUUUUUGCAAUGCCCGAAACUUCUUUAGGACACUUCCCAGAUGUUGGUGCUUCUUAUUACUUGCCUAGACUCCGGGGAUUUUUUGGCGAAUAUGUUGGCCUAACAGGCGCCAGGUUGGAUGCUGCUGAAAUGCUUGCAUGUGGCCUUGCUACUCACUUUGUCCCUUCAGAGAGAUUAACGCAAUUAGAGGAAGCGCUAUGCAGAGCAGAUACAAGUCAACCAAGCAUCAUCUCUGCAAUAAUUGAUAAAUUCUCCCAGACACCAAUUCUUCACGAGCAAAGUGCUUAUAACCGGUUGGAUGUUAUUGAUAAGUGCUUCUCCCGAAGAACAGUAGAAGACAUUUUGGCUGCUCUUGAAGAGGAGGCCCUGAAAAAGAAAGAUAAUUGGAUAAAUUCAACAAUUCGAGACUUGAAGAAGGCAUCACCAACAAGUCUUAAAAUCUCUUUGAGAUCGAUAAGAAAAGGCAGACUUCAAGAUGCUGGUCAGUGUCUCAUUCGUGAGUAUAGAAUGGCUUGUCAUGUCAUGCGAGGGGAAGUCAGCGAAGAUUUCAUUGAGGGUUGUAGAGCUUUACUGUUGGAUAAAGAUCGGAACCCAAAGUGGGAACCCUCAAAGCUGGGGCUUGUCACUGAUGCAAUGGUUGAGAGGUACUUCUCUAGGAUUGAAGACGAAGAGUGGGAAGACCUAAAGCUCCCUGCAAGACUCAACUUGUCUGCUUCAGCCACUUCAAAGCUCUAGUUACCAUGAGUUUGCAACUUACUCAGUUAAUAUAUAUUAGUACUUUGCUAGUUGUUUAUGUCUAUACAUGGUGGUGGGUAAGACUGUUGGAAAUAAGCCUUCCUCAAUGAGGAAUCAAUAGUUGAUUUAAUGUAUUCUAAAAUCAAUGAACAUACGUAAAAUAAUGUAUUCAUAAUAAAAUUUCAAUUUUACA